AUGUCUACCACGACCACGACCGAGACGACCACACAGACCAUUCCUUCGUCCUCCGAGGCGCAAUACUAUGGAAAACUGCGCUACAUUCCCAAGGGGCAAACACCCGCUCCGAGCCCUCACAACUUCCACCUACCCGCCAUGGCCGAGUUCGGGGACGUCCGCCUACAACCACUAAUCGACAUGCGACCGGUACCUACCAUCGCCGAGCUCUCCACGGCCAAAGAACCAACGGCGCAGCUCCCAACCCAUGGCUUUGCGGCCGUGCACCACCCGGUCUCGAUGAACUCGGCCCCCUACACCCUCCAGUCCUGGAAGGACCCGACGACGCUGAAGGCCAGCUACGUGCCGGAGACGGAGGAGAUGGUGAAGCAAAUCACGGGCGCGACCACCGUACUCACCGAAGCCCUCCUGCUCCGCUCCGCCAUUUGGUCCGAGCAAGACGCGCUCGCCACGCACGCGGGCCACGGCGAAACCACCGACUCAGCGGCGGCCGCGGCAGAAGAAGCGGUGCCCAAACCUGAGGAAGAAACCGCGCUCGAACUGGGCUUCCCGCAGUUCAUCGGCUUCAGCGCCAAACACGGCGGCGCGUCACCGGCGCCCAAGGUCCACCUCGACUACGCGCCCAACGGGGCGCGCAUGCACAUCCGCAAAUACCACCCGAGCAUGGCGGCGGCGGCCUCCGGCAUCAUCGCGGCCGAAGACCGCCUCACCGCUGAGGGCAAGUCCCUCCGCGAGACGUACGCCGAGUCCGGCCUGGGCCCGCGCUGGGCGCUGUACUCGAUCUGGCGGCCCUUGAAGCGCGUGCACCGCGACCCCCUCGCACUCGGCGACGCUCGCACCUUUCUCGAGUCCGACUACGUGCCCGUCAACGUCAAGCAGCCCAACCUCGGCGUGCCGGGCGACCUGUCGACCCACGAUACCGAGUCGUACCUCGCCCACUGGUCCGAUGGGCAGAAGUGGUAUUUUGUCUCCAAGCAGGAGCCCGAGGAGGUCCUAGUCAUCGGUUUGUUCGACUCGGACCGCGACAAGGAGACCGUCGCCGCCGGUGGCACUUUGCACAGCAGCGUGGACCUACCUGGUACGGAGAACGAGGAGCCCCGCGAAAGUUUGGAGUUGAGGUGUUUGGCAAUCUGGGAUUAG